UGGCAUCACUGAAACACAGUAAUGUAUCCAGUUUUUUUUACAUUAGUGCAGAAAGGUUUCUCAUCUUGUGGUGACCUUAGUUGCCCGUUCCUCUGGAUGAAAUAAAAGUGAAAAUUAAUAAUACAAAUGUAUAAAAAAAUAUAUAUAAAUAAACCUGACUAAUGACAAUACACUUUAGAUGAAAAAAAACAAACUUAAUGUAUGCAAUUUCACAUUUAUAUUUGUGUUUGUGCUUAAAUUGUGUUAUUUUACGGCAAAACGAUAUAAAAACAUAUAUUGUCACUGACUAUCUGAAUAUACCUAAACGAAAGACUUAGGCGACAAACUCGAUUUUAUAAUUAUCGGUGGAUGUUGGGAUGUACAUAUGUUUAAAGACGUGGCAGUGUCACCAGUGCAGCAACACCACUCUUGUAUAUGUAUGUAAACAUAUGUAUGCUGUUAAUGUAUAUUAUUUCCUGUGUGAUGAAAUCCAGAUUGAGUUAAUUAACGACAUUUAAUUUGCUUAGAAGUUUACUGCUGUGAAAACUUCUACCCAAUAUACUUAUUAUAUGUUAAUUUCUGCGUUAUACAUUAAUGUUAUGCGGUUUUACUUGAGCUGAAAAAAACUGAACCAGUCUUUGUUCAACAUACUAUUGAAUAAUCUGUAAAAUGGUUUACCCCGAAGAACCUUUUUGGGUUUUACCAACGGUAACUGGAUUCUACGAAGAUAGAGACUAUAGAGUUAAUGUCGUUGAAGCCCUUCAAGAGUUUUGGCAAAUGAAGCAAUCCCGUGGAGCCGAAAUGAAAAAUGGGGCUCUUGUGAUUUAUGAAUCGAUACCAGCAAAUAGCCAGCCAUACAUUUGUUUCGUAACACUGCCUGGAGGAAGCUGCUUUGGAAGUUUUCAAAAUUGUCCAACGAAGGCAGAGGCUCGUCGCAGUUCAGCCAAGAUUGCGUUGAUGAACUCGGUGUUCAACGAGCACCCAUCGCGCCGAAUUAGCGACGAGUUUAUUCAAAAAGCUGUUCAGGAUGCUCGGACCUCUUUCAAAGGGACAUCGCAGAUCAACGAGGGCACAGAGUCUGGAAUAGGUGCAUUCAGAUUCAUGCUGGAGGCAAAUAAGGGAAGAACAAUGUUGGAGUUCCAAGAGCUUAUGACUGUCUUCCAACUGCUUCACUGGAAUGGAUCGUUGAAGGCAAUGCGCGAACGCCACUGCUCGAGGCAGGAAGUCGUGGCCCACUAUUCCAACCGCAGUCUGGACGACGAGAUGCGGUCACAGAUGGCAUUAGACUGGAUUGCCAGGGAACACGACAAUCCCGGCGUUAUCCGCAGGGAAUUAGUGCUCGCCGAGAGAGAGCUGGAGACCUUUCGCAUGGCUGGACGCGAACUGCGUUUUCCGAAAGAAAAAAAGGACAUACUUAUGAUAGCUCAUAAUCAACUGGGCGGUAGUGCCCUUAACUCGGCUUCCAUUGAUGAUUGAUCAAGAAAACUAAUAAGCAUCUUGCCUGAUCAAAAUUAACCACUUUUUUAGAUAAAUCAAACCAUUUCACUUUGAGUAGCGAUCAAUAUUUAUUUAAUUGGCAUACCAUAUGAUCUCCAUGAUGAAAAACAAGCGGAAAAAAUAUUACUCUUCCCACAAACACUUCCAAAUUAAAAAAAAAUUAAUUUUAAAAAUCUUUGAAAAUGUGAUUUUUAAAACAGCUGCUACAAAAAUAAGACU